UCCGUUUUCCCUCUCCACUGAAACAAAAGGCAGAAAGAAGCAGAGAGAAACUCGGAAAUGGCAGUGUCAAGUGCUUGUUUUCAAGUUCCGACGCUUCUACUAAACCCUUCUUCAAGAAAGCAAUUGCUGCAAACUCACGGCUACAAAUGUUCCUCUCGACGAACAAACCUUCUUCACAAAUGCUUCUCCCAGCGGCAGUCUGAAUCCAAGCCCACCCAGAAGGAGAAUGAAGAGUUAGAGUUCGAGCGGCUCUUCUCCAACCUCAACCAAUCCACAUUGAAAAGAGAACCCGGAAGCCUUUCUAGUGCAAUUUUCCUGGUUGCGGGCACCACGGUGGGUGCGGGAAUUCUUGCAAUUCCAGCGGUCACACAAGAAUCUGGAUUUCUAGCCUCUGCAGUUGCAUGCAUCGUUUGUUGGGUCUUUAUGGUUGUGACGGGGUUGCUCAUUGCUGAAGUAAAUGUGAACACCAUGUAUGAGCUGGGUUCUGGCGGUGUAUCAUUAGUAUCAAUGGCACAGCGAACUCUGGGAAAAGUGGGAGUUCAAAUUGCUUGUUGGUCUUACAUCUUUAUACAUUACGCCCUUCUUGUGGCAUAUGUGGCUCGUUCUUCAGAUAUUUUGACAAACUUUCUCGGCAUUCCAUUAUGGGAAAGUGCAACUUUGUUUUCAUUGAUUUUUGGAUGCAUAUGCUACUUCGGAAGCCAGCGCUUUAUCGGUGCUGUUAAUGGAGUUCUUAUACUUGGAAUCAUCAUUUCAUUUGCAGCUCUUGUGGCUGUUGCAAGUGGAGGACUGCACUGGGAUGCACUUCUGAAAGCCAACUUUGAAGCAGUUCCUAUGAGUAUACCCAUAAUUGCACUUUCAUUUGUUUACCAGAAUGUAGUACCGGUUCUUUGUACGAAUCUUGAAGGAAACCUGGCUGAAGUAAGGACUGCCAUAGUUCUGGGUACAGCUAUACCACUUGUUUUAUUUCUUGUCUGGAACGGUGUUAUUCUGGGAAGCAUUACAGAUCUUGAAAUGGGCUCAGGUAAGAUCCUGGACCCAUUACGACAACUGCAAUCUAGCAAUGGAGUUGUUGGACCCAUUAUUCAAGUGUUCUCACUUCUUGCAAUUGCUACAUCUUAUAUUGGAUUCAUUUUGGGUCUGGCUGACUUUCUUGCAGACUUGCUGAAACUCCCAACUGGACAGGGCCGGCCUCUACCAUACCUCUUGACUUUGAUUCCUCCACUGGUACUAUCACUGCUAGACCCAGAAAUAUUUUUCAAAGCCUUGGAUUUUGCUGGAACAUAUGGAGUAUUGGUACUCUUUGGACUUCUCCCUGCUGCAAUGUCGUGGUCAGAAAGGUACUCAAAUCCAUCCUCAUCUGUGAAACUGCCGCAGCUGGUUCCAGGAGGAAGGCUAACACUUUCACUCAUCAUUGGAGGGGCAGGAUGUGUCGUUUUUUCAGAAAUACUUGAGAGCUUUGGGCACCCUUAAGUAUUGAGAAUGUGAAUGAUUUUGUUGCCCUUUACUCAUUACAAUCAAAUUAUCAUUCAUUUCUAUAUUUUGAUUUUCCCAAAGCAAACUAUGUUAC